GGGCCCACGGUACUGCUCCACUCCCACCAGGUCACUCUAGAGCCAGCGCCGGCGGGCGUGCUGCGCGCGCACCCGGCGCUGCUGACGUGCUGCGUGCGCGCCGACUGCCGCGACCCGCACGCGCCGGCGCGCCUGCUCACGUGCCUCCUGGCCGCGCUGAGGGCCCACGGUGUGAACGGCGUGCACGCGUGCAUUAACGAGACCGACCACUACCUGCUCCAGUUCUACAGCAAGCUCGGCUUCACGGAGGCGGCCCGCUCCGGCUCCCGCGUGUUCCUCGCGCGCUCCUUCUAGCGCCGAGUGGCCCGCGUCAGGCAUAGGUAUGUGCUGCGGCCUUCGGGUUACAUAUACAAGCCCAUACGUGCUGCGGUUCUACAGAACGGCGGCGACAGUGGCGGUGGCGUUAGUGUAUAAAACAUGAACAAAAGCGGCCCGAGAUCUCUGCCUUGUGGUAAACCGAGGCUUAUAUAAGAGGAAAAGCGUCGGCCCGAGAAUCCUACCUUGCGAUGCACCGAAGGAUUUAUUAUUGCAAUCCUUGUUAAUUAUAGCCUUUCACAUCAACCAUUAUAGCUUAUGUUUAUCAAAUACUUAUUUACCUUUUAAAAUGCAGGUCCGCAUAUCGGUAUUCAUGAAUAAGAUAAGUGAGACAGUAUUAAUGGCUUUCGCCAGGUCAAAAAUAAUGCGUACCGAGAUAAUCAGUAAAUUUAAACGUAAUGCGGAAAAGUAGAAUAAGUUACUGUUUGAAAAACUUACCUACUUUUUUCCAUCAUUUUCUAUUGACAGGGAGAUUAGUCGAUAGUUAUAUCGACACUUUUCACAAACAUUUUAAAUUGAAUUGACGUGGAAACUGUCAAGAGAAAUUUUAAAUUGAAUGAUACUAACUAUCAAAUUGUCUCAUUGUUUCAGUAUCAUCCACCGGUUUGUGAAAAUCUGACCUGUCGGUAUGUCUCCUAAAUAGUUUACGUGUCUACCUAUAGAAUAUAUAUAUGUAAUUUUCCAUGUGAUCUUUUAAACGGAUUUUUGUAAAAUCAAACGAAACCGUCGCCAAAAAAAAACCUCUCCCAUGCAAUCCAUGUUACUCUUUCAUGUUUAAAUCACCUACAUGAAACUUGGCAUGAAUGUUUACGUAACAUAUAUACACCGUGUUUAAAUUCAGAGUAUCGGUAAGUACGUGUAAGUAAACUAAAUGGCAUAGUUCAUAUUUAAAAAAAUAUAUAUACAAGGUUGCCAAGAAAUAUAUGCAUUCCCGUUGCCAGAGAGUUUUUCGGCUUAUACUGAGCAACUUUUACUAUGGGACCAACACCGAAGUCGCGAAAAAAAAUUCUGGCUGUUUCAUACAUUUAGCUGGUCCAUUUUCUAUGGGAAGGUAAAAAAAUUUUUCGCUAUUUCGGGGGUGGUCCCAUAGUAAAAGUUGCUCAGUAUAAGCCGAAAAACUCCCUUGCAACGGGAAUGCACGUAUUUUUUGGCCACCUUAGAUCAGGCCGUAAUUAAAUAUUACAUAAAGCGUUGUAACACGGGCAUGACAUUUAAUUCCACCAAACAAUAUCAAUGUCAUUUCGAACAGCGAUCAUCCGAGAUAGUGCUUACAUUUAGCAACAAAUGUAUAAACUCGUACUAAACACUGACCAAU